AUGUCUGACGGGAGGCAGCGAACUUUGUCCACCUCUGGAGAGUCUCUAUAUCAGGUCCUGGCUCUGGAGAAAGGCUGCAGCCAUGACGAAAUCAAGAAGUCCUACAGGAAGCUGGCAUUGCGGUACCACCCUGAUAAGAACCCGGACAACCCGGAGGCAGCAGAGAAGUUUAAGGAGCUGAACAGCGCUCACGCCGUCCUGUCCGACCUCACCAAGAGGAACAUCUAUGACUCGUAUGGCUCUCUGGGACUCUAUGUGGCCCAGCAGUUUGGAGAGGACAACGUCAACACGUACUUCAUGCUGUCCACCUGGUGGGCCAAGGGUCUGUUCUUGGUGUGUGGGAUCCUGACCGGAUGUUACUGCUGCUGCUGUCUCUGCUGCUGCUGUAACUGCUGCUGUGGGAAACUCAAGCCGACGCCCACAGGUGAGGGGGCGGAGCCAGACUACGUCUCCCCUGAUGACCUGGAGGAGGAGAUACGUAACGACCCCGACAACGACGUUGAAACUCCGAUCAUUCAGCAGCCGACGAACGCCAGCGAGAAAACUCAGCUGAUCACCGACGGACACCGCAGAUACGGAGACACCUACACAUGAAGCCCACAGGAAACAGGAAACACAUCACUGCUCCAUCUGAAACAUGUAACCCAAAGACCACGAUUAUAAGCCCAGACCUGAACCUGACCGAUCACUGCCGGGUCACCAUCAAAACUCACAUUGGAUCAUUGAAGCAACAGUCGGACAGUUAAUAACUGCGAGGACAAAAGGUGGUCACCGUGGCGACAGACUCCAAAAUGAUUUCCAUCUGGUGCACGAUGUUUGAUGUCUGUGCGCAGGAUGAAAAUCUAUUUUUGAGUCUUGGUUCAGAACCAAAUGUUUUGACGUGUCUGUCCGACUGUUGCUUCCUUCUUUCUCUAAAUUAACCACCUGACUGUCCUUUAUGAAACUAACACUCUGAUUGGUUGUUGAGGUGAUGAGGGAGAGGCGGAGCUUCAGACUGUUAUGAUUUAAUAUUUUGUAACGUGAUGUUAAUGCAGACCUCGUGACGUAACGCGUGUUGAUUUCCUGUCCGUCGUAUUUAUUUAAAUCGUGUGAAGUCAGUUUGGAAAAUUAAAUCUGGUUUGUGAGAUAAACACACUGUAAUGAUGUCAUGAUGUCAUGAUGUCAUGAUGAUGUCACCAGGAGACCUCCUGUGAGCAUGAACGUGCACACCUGAGGUCUGACUUCCUGUCCUGCAGAGGGCGCUCUUCUGGUUUCUUCACUGUGUUUAUCAAUAAAACGAUUUGAGAAGGCCGAACGUCCCUGAGUCGUCUUUACCAAUGAUGUGUAUGACAUGUGUUUAAUAUGUUCAUCUGUGGAGAGACAACGAUACAGCAACAG